AUGGCCAGCUCCCAUCAACUUCUUACAUUUCUCCAAAUAAGUCAACCAAUAUUUCUUUUGCUCGUAUUUUUCAUCGCUUUCAUUGCAAGCUCCGCUCACGCCGCUCGGAGUGCCAGUAAACAUGACCGGAAGACGCAAUUUGGCCCGGGUGGGAAACCGCUUCCAAAGAGGUUACGGAGUACUAUGAACACCUGGAAUCUUCUCGAGGCGCGGAUAAGAGUCCCUUCAAGAGGGAAAUCAGCCUUCACCAGCUUUGUGAUUCUUGUCAUGGGAACUUUGGUGGUCGAUGCCGCCAUUCAUAUGACCCAUGUCUUGGUUGCCAAGUCAGAACAUUGGUGGUGUGGUCAAGCAGUCGUGAUAUACGUCGUUGGCUCAUUCUUUUCUCAUACCGUCGUCUUACUCUCACUCUUGGAUAAUAAUCCUUCCCCAACAUAUGCACAAGUCUUACCUUGGACUGUUGCAAUUAUUUUUGAAUCGGCCAUCUUGUUCUUGUCACUAUCAGUCUACGUUGUCCCGCACCAUGAGCCAAUCGUCGGAGAUCUGUCUGGUGGUCCGCUACGUAGGACCAUUACUACCUGGGAGUUAUUGGAAGUGGGAACCGGCUGUAUACGACUCUUAUUUCUCUCACUCAUGGUGGCACUAUAUCUCGUCACGCCCUUCUACUCUAAAAAGAACGCUCGAAAGAUUUCUCAAUCUCCCUUUGUAACAGAGGCGACCGGCUUGCUCGAUAACUCUAUUUUAUCCUCAGACGACAGUUACGGCUCAACGGAAGGUCUCCUAACUCCCAAGGCAUCGGAACCGUGGGCUGGGCCAAAUACCACUCCAUCCACUAGCUGGUGGGAGUAUCUGAGCGGCUACUCACUGCUCUUACCUUACUUGUGGCCAUCCAAGUCUCGUCAACUGCAGCUCGUGGUGAUCGCUUGCUUUGUCUUGCUCAUCUUGCAGCGUAUCGUCAAUCUGCUGGUACCUUACCAAGUAGGGGUUGUCACCGAUUCAAUGUCUAUCAGUAAUGGCCAGAUCCAAGUCCCCUGGCUCCAGAUUUGCUUGUACGUUCUCUGCCGCUACCUUCAAGGUAGUCAGGGUCUACUGGAAUCUAUACGGUCGAAUAUGUGGACCUCUGUUAGCCAAUCCUCGUACAUGGAACUAUCUACUGCGGCCUUCGAGCAUAUCCAUAAUCUUAGUCUAGAUUUUCAUCUAGGCAAAAAGAUGGGUGAAGCUCUAUCUGCUCUGACCAAGGGGAGUUCUAUCAAUACCUUUUUAGAACAAGUAACGUUCCAAGUGAUUCCUAUGAUGAUUGACCUUUGUGUUGCUAUUGGUUAUUUCCUUAUUGUUUUUGAUGCCUAUUAUGCUCUCGUUUUGGCGAUUUUCAUAUUCUUCUACGUCUACGUCACAAUUCGUAUUGCGAUAUGGAGGGCAGAGACGCGGAUGCAGAUGGUCAAUGCGUCAAGACAAGAGGAUACUAUCAAGAAUGACUCCCUCGUAUCUUACGAAACUGUCAAAUAUUUCAACGCGGAAGAUUAUGAGAUUGGUCGUUACCAAGGGGCUGUGACGAAUCUCCAACAUGCUGAAUCGCACUCAUUGUUUGCCCAAAAUCUAAUGAGCAUCUGCCAGAACACUAUUUUCAUGCUGGGUCUGCUAGUUAUGUGCUUUAUAGCAGCAUAUCAGGUGUCUCUAGGCCAGCGCCCUGUUAGUCAAUUUGUCAUACUCCUCACCUACAUGACUCAGCUCCAGACUCCCCUCACCUUCUUUGGGACCUUCUACCGCUAUAUGCAAUCCGCUUUGAUUAACUCUGAAAGACUCCUCGAGCUUUUCCGAGAACAACCGUCGGUUAUUGACAAGCCCUCUGCUAAACCCUUGCCAUAUUGCAGGGGUAGCAUAGUAUUUGACAAUGUCGCAUUUGCAUAUGACGAUCACAAACCCGCUCUGACUGGGCUCACAUUCCAUUGCAAGCCGGGCACAACAACUGCCCUAGUCGGUGAGACUGGUGGUGGAAGGUCAACCAUAUUUCGUCUUCUCUUCCGUUUCUAUGAUAUAGACAGCGGGCGAAUUCUCCUUGAUGGUAGGGACGUUGAAGAUAUCACGAUUAAAUCACUAAGAAGCCAUGUUGGAGUUGUUCCACAGACUCCUAUGUUUUUUAACGGGUCUAUCAUGUAUAACUUGAGAUAUGCUAACCAAAAUGCAACCGACCACGAUAUCUAUGAGGCUUGUCGUGCAGCCGGCAUCCAUGAUAAAAUUAUGGCUUUCCUCGAUGGGUAUGAGACGAAAAUCGGCGAUCGUGGUCUGCGCUUAGGUGGAGGGGAGAAGCAGCGGAUCGCCAUUGCACAGGUUAUUCUCAAGAAUCCGCCUAUCGUUCUCCUAGAAGAGGCCACUGCCUCGUUAGAUACUGAGACCGAACACAUCCAGGAUGCAUUGUGGGCUUUAUCACGGGGUCGUACCGUCUUGAUCAUUGCACACAGAUUGAGGACUGUCACUACCGCCGAUUCAAUUCUUGUGUUGCAUGAGGGUUGUGUUGCUGAGAGUGGUACUCACAAUGAGCUUCUGGCGAUGAAGAAUCGAUAUUCAAAAAUGUGGCAGAAACAGGUCCAGACACAAAGGGAUGCUGAGAGGACUAGAGCAAGGCCCUCGAGAGCGAGUUAA